AUGAACCCAGACCUUUAUUUUUCUCUAGAUGAGGUCAGAUCUCAUCACACUAGUAUUGAAGAUAAAUAUAUCCUCUCUUUUGGAACCAAUGAUGAAACUUCUAAGCAAAUUGUGGUUUAUAAUUCGCUUCCGCGAAAACGAUCAAAAGUCCAGACAUUAAUUGUUUCAACACCUUUCGUGAAAGUUACUGGUGCUAAAAAUGAAUUGUUAGAGUGCCAAAUUUCACCAAUUUGGAAUAUGAAUGGAUCAACGGCUUCUAAAGAAAUUCAUUUUGUGGGAAACAAUUUACUACCUUCAACGCAUUUUGCUAAUGUAACUCUGUUUAAUGUACCUUCGAGUGAUAGACCAGAAAUUCCUGGAUUCAAGGUUGAAAUUCUGCCUUUGAGAGAGUUUUCAAUUACCCAAGGAAUCUCAGCGCAUUUCGCGGAAUCUGGGCUACUAAAAUCGUUGCAAAUUGGAGGAGUGACCACUUCAGUUAAUCUGGAAUUUGUUAAAUACAGUACUACCAAAAGUGGCGCUUAUCUAUUUGCUCCAAGCAAACCAAAUCCUGAUCCACUUUACACGACCGACAAUCAUGUCAUUCAUUUGGUCACCGGGCCAAUUUUGUCACGAGUGUUUGUACAGCUACCAGAGGUCAAUCACACUUGUACGUUAUUCAAUUCAAACGGAAGCGACGAUUUGGGACUGCGGAUUGAUAACCAAGUUGAUGUUUUUGAUACUUAUAAUUUUGAAAGAAGUCAAUUUUCUCCAUUAAAUUUUGACCUUCCGGUAGAUCUAGAGGUUUCUAAUUUACGCGUAAUUCAAAUUUUUGAAGGAUCUGGUAAAAAUUUGGGCGCAGUGUUUCAUCGACAUGCUAUUGAUACUUGUUGGAACAAUCAAUCAAUUGGACAAUAUAAGUUAUCAAGCAAUGGGGAAAUUAAUGUCGAUAAAUUAUUCCGUUUUUAUAAAAACUGGACUAUUAAUGAAGCUUCAUUAACUUUUAACAGCGUUGGAGCUUUACUUUCUGAGCCAAAAAUUAAUUUAUGUCCGCAUCAAAUUUCAGCAUUUUUAUUAAACAAACCCUAG